CACCCACAAGCUAUAUAAGGAUCACUAUUUCAAUCCACCAUCACCCUGCAAGCUGCAUCAGGCUCUAUCCUACUUGUUCCUUUGGUGAACCAGGUUUACUUAAACUUGCAAAAAGAUGACAGAUCUUUUAAGAAGUGUUGUCACUGUCAUAGAUAUUUUCUAUAAAUAUACAAAGCAAGAUGGGGAAUGUGGCACACUGAGCAAGGAUGAACUAAAGGAACUUCUGGAGAAGGAAUUUCGUCCAAUUCUGAAGAACCCAGAUGAUCCAGACACAGUAGAUGUCAUCAUGCAUAUGCUGGAUCGAGACCAUGAUCGAAGACUAGACUUUACUGAGUUUCUUCUGAUGGUAUUCAAGCUGGCCAUGGCCUGCAACAAGGUUCUCAGCAAAGAAUACUGCAAAGCUUCAGGGUCAAAGAAGCAUAGGCAUGGUCACCGAUACCAAGAGGAAGAAAAUGAAACAGAAGAAGAAGAAGAGGAGACACCAAGACGGAAAAAAGGUUACAGACAUUCAAGUUGGAAUGAGGGAGAGGAGCAUGGAUAUAGUUCUGGGGGCUCGAGGGGUACUGCAAAAUAUAGACAUGGGUCCAACUCCAGGAGGCUGAGAAGGCAAGGUGAAUUAUCCAGCUCUGAAGGAUCUGAGAAAAGGUAUCAGGGCUCUGGUUCUGGACACUCCUGGAGCAGUGGCAAAGAGAGACAUGGUUCUAACUCCGGGGAACUACGGGAAAGAAACAAGUCAUAUGGUAGCCCCUCUAGGGAAUCUGGGGAGGAAUAUGUAUCUGGAUCAAAGAGUCAGGGAAGGAAAAGUCAUGGAGGUUUUUCACAUGGACUAGAGACUAGUGAACAUGAAUCAAACUCUACGCAGUCAAGAAAGAGUGGAGGACAAAAUCUUGGGUCUAGCUCUGAAGGUUCAGGAGACAGUAGGAGACAAAGUCAUGAAUGUGGUUAUAGUAAUUCAGGUGGGUGUGGAAGGCCACAAAAUGCUUCUAGCUCUUAUCAGACAAGUAGAUUUAAAGGGCCAGGAAACCAAUCUAGCUGUCCUCAGUCAGGUUGUCAAUCAGGAAGUAGUGGAGGACAAGGUCAUAGAUGUGUCUCAGGAGGGCAGUCCUCUGGAUAUGGUCAAUCUGAUCCUAGUUCCUGCAGGCAGUCUUGUAGUCAGAGAAGAUGUGAAUCUAAACAAUGUGGUCAACCACAAAACUGUGGAGGACAACAAGGAACAGGCUCAAGUCAGUCCUCUUGCUGUGCAAAAUAUGGCUGUGGAACAAGUCAGUCUUCUAGUUGUGGUCAACAUAGAUCUGGUUCUUGUAGACAGUCUUCAAACUCUCAUCAAAAAGGGUCUGGUCCAAAUGAAUUUUCCAAAUGUGGUCAUCAUGGGUCUGGUUCAGGUCAGUCCUGCAGCUGUGAACAACAUGGACCAGGCUCGGGUCAGUCCUCUGGUUUGGGGCAUCAUGGGUCUGGCAUAGGUCAGUCUUGCUGUGGCCAGUAUGGGUCUGGCUCAAGUCAGUCUUCUGGUUGUGGUCAACACGGGUCUGGCUCAAGUCAGUCUUCUGGCUGUGGUCAACACGGGUCUGGCUCAAGUCAGUCUUCUGGCUGUGGUCAACACGGGUCUGGCUCAAGUCAGUCUUCUGGCUUCGGGCAGCACGGGUCUGGCACGGGCCAGUCCUCUGGCUUCGGGCAGCACGGGUCUAGCUCUGGCCAGUCCUCUGGCUUCGGGCAGCAUGGGUCUGGCUCGGGCCAUUCCUCUGGCUUCGGGCAGCCCACGUCUGGCUCUGGCCAUUCCUCUGGCUUCGGGCAGCACGGGUCUGGCUCAGGCCGGUCCUCUGGCUUCGGGCAGCACGGGUCUGGCUCGGGCCGGUCCUCUGGCUUCGGGCAGCACGGGUCUGGCUCGGGCCAUUCCUCUGGCUUCGGGCAGCACGGGUCUGGCUCGGGCCAGUACUCUGGCUUCGGGCAGCACACGUCUGGCUCUGGACAGUCCUCUGGCUUUGGGCAGCAUGGGUCUGGCUCGGGCCAGUCCUCAGGCUUCGGGCAGCACACAUCUGGCUCAAGUCAGUCCUCUGGCUUCGGGCAGCACACCUCUAGCUCUGGCCAGUCCUCUGGCUUCGGGCAGCACGGGUCUGGCACGGGCCACUCCUCUGGCUUCGGGCAGCACGGGUCUGGCUCUGGCCAGUCCUCCGGCUUCGGGCAGCACGGGUCUGGCUCUGGCCAGUCCUCCGGCUUCGGGCAGCACGGGUCUGGCACGGGCCAGUCCUCUGGCUUCGGGCAGCACGGGUCUGGCACGGGCCAGUCCUCUGGCUUCGGGCAGCACGGGUCUGGCUCUGGCCAGUCCUCUGGCUUCGGGCAGCACGGGUCUGGUACGGGCCAGUCCUCUGGCCUAGGGCAGCACCGGUCUGGCUCUGGCCAUUCCUCUGGCUUCGGGCAGCACACGUCUGGCUCUGGCCAGUCCUCUGGCCUCGGGCAGCACGGGUCUGGCUCGGGCCAGUCCUCUGGCUUCGGGCAGCACACGUCUGGCUCUGGCCAGUCCUCUGGCUUCGGGCAGCACACGUCUGGCUCGGGCCAGUCCUCUGGCCUCGGGCAGCACGGGUCUGGCUCGGGCCAGUCCUCUGGCUUCGGGCAGCACACGUCUGGCUCUGGCCAGUCCUCUGGCCUCGGGCAGCACGGGUCUGGCUCGGGCCAGUCCUCUGGCUUCGGGCAGCACACGUCUGGCUCUGGCCAGUCCUCUGGCCUCGGGCAGCACGGGUCUGGCUCUGGCCAGUCCUCUGGCUUCGGGCAGCACACAUCUAGCUCUGGCCAGUCCUCUGGCUUCGGGCAGCACGGGUCUGGCUCGGGCCAGUCCUCUGGAUUCGGGCAGCACGGGUAUGGCUCGGGUCAGUCCUCUGGCUUCGGGCAGCACACGUCUGGCUCUGGCCAGUCCUCUGGCUUCGGGCAGCACACGUCUGGCUCUGGCCAGUCCUCUGGCCUCGGGCAGCACGGGUCUGGCUUGGGCCAGUCCUCUGGCUUUGGGCAGCACGGGUCUGGCACAGGCCAGUCCUCAGGUUUUGGGCAGCACGGGUCUCGCUCUGGCCAGUCCUCUGGCUUCGGGCAGCACGGGUCUGGCAUGAGACAGUCCUCAGGAUUCGGACAGCAUGAGUCUGGCUCUGGCCAGUCCUCUGGUUUGGGGCAGCAUGGGUCUGGCUCAGGUCACUCCUCUUGCUGCGGGAAGCACACUUCCGGCAUGGGCCAAUCCUCAGCAGGAUCCACUGAUUCAGAGAGACAGGAAACAUCUCAUGGACAGUCUAGAGACACCACUAGACGUUCACAGUCUGGGCAGAGACAAUCCACACGCUCUGGAUCCAGACCAACUCCACAAAGGACGCCUAUUCACACUGAGUCCAGUGAGAGUGAAGAGCACUCAGGCGUCUCCCAGAAACACUCAGGAUCCUCUCAGGGCCACGCUGGAUCUCAACAUGGAGAGGCAGGAUCCACUCAUUCACAGAGACAGGGAACAUCUCAUGGACAGUCUUGGGACACCACUAGACGUUCACAGUCUUCGCAGAGACAAUCCACACACUCUGGAUCCAGACCAACUCCACAAAGGACGCCUAUUCACACUGAGUCCAGUGAGAGUGAAGAGCACUCAGGCGUUUCCCACAGACACUCAGGAUCCUCUCAGGGCCAUGUUGGAUCUCAACGUGGAGAGGCAGUAUCUACACAUUCAGAGAGACAGGGAACAUCUCAUGGACAGUCUUGGGACACCACUAGACGUUCACAGUCUUCGCAGAGACAAUCCACACACUCUGGAUCCAGACCAACUCCACAAAGGACGCCUAUUCACACUGAGUCCAGUGAGAGUGAAGAGCACUCAGGCGUCUCCCACAGACACUCAGGAACCUCUCAGGGCCAUGUUGGAUCUCAACAUGGAGAGGCAGGAUCUACACAUUCAGAGAGACAGGGAACAUCUCAUGGACAGUCUCGGGACACCAGUAGACGUUCACAGUCUUCGCAGAGACAAUCCACACACUCUGGAUCCAGACCAACUCCACAAAGGACGCCUAUUCACACUGAGUCCAGUGAGAGUGAAGAGCACUCAGGAAUCUCCCACAGACACUCAGGAUCCUCUCAGGGCCAUGCUGGAUCUCAACAUGGAGAGGCAGGAUCUACUCAUUCUCAGAGACAGGGAACAUCUCAUGGACAGUCUCGGGACACCACUAGACGUUCACAGUCUUCGCAGAGACAAUCCACACACUCUGGAUCCAGACCAACUCCACAAAGGACCCCUAUUCACACUGAGUCCAGUGAGAGUGAAGAGCACUCAGGCGUCUCCCACAGACACUCAGGAUCCUCUCAGGGCCACGCUGGAUCUCAACAUGGAGAGGCAGGAUCCACACAUUCAGAGAGACAGGGAACAUCUCAUGGACAGUCUUGGGACACCACUAGACGUUCACAGUCUUCGCAGAGACAAUCCACACACUCUGGAUCCAGACCAACUCCACAAAGGACGCCUAUUCACACUGAGUCCAGUGAGAGUGAAGAGCACUCAGGCGUCUCCCACAGACACUCAGGAUCCUCUCAGGGCCACGCUGGAUCUCAACAUGGAGAGGCAGUAUCUACACAUUCAGAGAGACAGGGAACAUCUCAUGGACAGUCUCGGGACACCACUAGACGUUCACAGUCUUCGCAGGGACAAUCCACACGCUCUGGAUCCAGACCAACUCCACAAAGGACGCCUAUUCACACUGAGUCCAGUGAGAGUGAAGAGCACUCAGGCGUCUCCCACAGACACUCAGGAUCCUCUCAGGGCCACGCUGGAUCUCAACAUGGAGAGGCAGGAUCCUCACACAUUCAGAGCGGACACUAG